AAGAGAACGAUGAAGGCGGUGGUGCUGCUGGACUUCUGGGCGAGCCCGUUCGGGCAGCGAUGCCGCAUCGCAUUGGCGGAGAAGGGAGUGGAGUACGAGUACAGGGAGGAGAACAUCCUGGGGGCCAAGAGCCCGCUGCUGCUCAAGUCGAACCCCGUGUACAAGAAGGUCCCCGUCCUCAUCCACGAUGGCAAGCCCGUGUGCGAGUCCCUGAUCAUCGUCCAGUACAUCGACGAGGCGUGGCCCGACCACGCGCCGCUGCUUCCCGCCGAUCCCUACGCCCGCGCCCAGGCCUGCUUCUGGGCCGACUUCGUCGACAUGAAGUUCAAUGAAUGCGGGUCAAGGCUGUGGAAGCUCAAGGGCGAGGCCCAGGCGGCGGCCAAGGAGGAGUUCAUCGGGAUCCUGAAGCUGCUGGAGGGCGAGCUGGGGGACAAGAAGUACUUCGGCGGUGACGCCUUCGGAUUCGUCGACGUCGCGCUCGCCCCCUUCGUGUCCUGGUUCUACAGCUACGAGACCUGCGCCGGCUUCAGCAUCGAAGAGGCGGCGCCCAAGGUGGUGGCCUGGGGCAAAAGGUGCAUGGAGCGGGAGAGCGUGGCCAACGCACUGUCCCACCCCGACAAGAUCUACGAGAUGGUCGGCGUUCUCAAGAAGAAAUUUGGAGUCGAGUAGUCUGCAGUAGUAGUAGUAGUAGCAGUGACUGUGUGUUGCAUGGUGUUUGCCUUCUUUGUGUCUGAUGAGAUACACACUUGUUGGUGGUGUAUACCACUUGAAUAAUUGCCCUCUCUGUUAUCUUCUCGAAUAAUACUAUAUCACUUCUUGGUGGUG